CUCGGCUUGAAGGCCACGAAAUCGACCCCGCGAUUGCGUCAUCCAUACGACGUGCGCAUCACGACCUCGCCAUCAUUUUCUCUCUUCACGACAGCCUCGAUGCUCAGAAGUCUACUCCGAAUAAACCAUAGACACGUUAAGGAAUUGCCAAGCAUCAGAACAAUGUCGAACAAGUCACACCCAGACGCGGACCUAUUCCCGCACGCAACUGGUCUUGCCCAAAAGACCGUCGAAGAACACAAAGCAGAGCAGCCUUUGAAGCUGUAUGCUGGGUGGUUCUGUCCAUUUGUUGGCCGUGCAUGGACUGUGUUGCAAGAGAAGAAUAUCCCUUACCAAUACAUCGAGGUGAGCAUUUAUGAAUCAUGGCCAGCAAACAAUGCCCAACCAACGACCAGNGUCAAUCCAUACCACAAGCCAGAAUCGCUUUUGGAUCUGAAUCCUCGCGGUCUGGUCCCUACACUACAGUACGACAACAAGCCUCUCUACGAGAGCACAGUCAUCUGCGAAUUCCUCGAAGAAGCCUAUCCAGACCAUGGACCCAAACUCUUGCCCGACAACCCCUAUGAGCGUGCUCGUACUCGCAUUUGGACAGAUUACUGUACUUCACGAAUCAUUCCUGCGUUCCAUCGGUUCCUGCAAUUCCAGCCAAUGUCAGACACUGAGGGUCUUGAAGAAGUAAGACAGGAGUUUCUUGGACACUUGAAGGAGUUCACAAAGGAGAUGGAUUCCGAAGGACCAUACUUCUCGGGCAAGGAAGUCGGUCUUAUUGAUCUCGUUGUUGCACCAUGGGCAAUUCGUCUGUGGGUCUUUGACCAUUACAAGAACGGUUUGAAUAUUCCCAAGGGAGGCGAGGACAGUGCAGUCUGGUCACGAUUCGAUAAGUGGCUCAAAGCAAUUGAAGAACGCCCUUCAGUACGCGAGACCACGAGCGAAAAGGAAAAGUACCUCAGCAUCUACCAAAAAUAUGCCGAUGAUAAGGCGCAGAGUGAGUUGGCAAAGGCCACACGUAAGGGUCGUGGUGUGCCUUGA